UUGCUGUCAUUGAUUCUCAUAUCUCCGGCUUGAUCGUUUAGAAGUUUGCAAAGGGAUUUUAAAAAACUGUUGCGAAUACAUCGAAUGUAAUAUAACAAUUUUAAGAUACCGAAUAUUACCAUGGGUGAUAUAAAAGCAUUUCUCCAUCAGUGGUGUGCCAAGAAUGGUAAAGAUCCCGAAUUCGACGUGCGGCCGACAGGUCCAAAACAUCGACAGCGCUUUUUGUGUGAGCUGCGUGUAUCUGGGUUUGAUUACACCGGAGCUGGUAAUUCAACAAAUAAGAAGGAUGCUCAGGGAAAUGCUUCCCGAGACUUUGUUAACUACCUUAUCCGAACGGGUCAUGUGAAUUCAAAAGAUGUCCCGGAAGAUGUCAGCGUUCCUUCUCAAUCAGGUCCUGUACCAGAAAGUUCCACCCAGAAUUUACAGGCUCCAACGAAAUCAGUGUUUGAAGAUGGAAUGGGUCCGAAUGAGAUUGGUAAAGCCUAUAGGCCUUACCAGCGAGGUGAAGGAAAUUACACGUAUAUGGACAGGCUUGCGGAUCAAAAGAGAGUCGAAGAAGCGGAAGACGUCGAUGUUAAUUCAGGCAUUCAUGGCAACUGGACGAUUGAAAAUGCAAAGUCAAAGCUACAUCAAUUUAUGCAGAUAAAUAAGCUUAAUGCUGAUUAUAAGUACACACCGGUUGGUCCAGACCACACUAGGAGCUUCAUGGCAGAGAUGUCCCUCUACAUAAAGCAACUUGGACGAAAUAUUACUGGCCGUGAAACUGGUUCCAACAAACAAACAGCUUCGAAAAGCUGUGCUUUAUCGCUGGUUCGACAAUUGUACCAUCUUGGAGUCAUCGAAGCUUUCACCGGUACAUUAAAGAAAGUCAAAGAUGCAGAUCAAAUAAAACCAUAUCCUGUCAAAAUAGCUCCCGAGUUAGCGAACCAGGUCUCUGAACUUUUGGCAGAGUUGGAGAUUAAACCAAUCGAUAUCGACCCACAGAUGCAAGAAAGCGAGGUAAAAAAAGAAGAAGGAACCUCUUCAGGAAUAUCGCUGUUGACUAACCAGGUGUUAGAUGACUUUGUGUCGUCGGUGCCUCAACCAGCCGGGGUGGUUAGCUGGUCUCCGCCUCAGCAGAAUUGGAACCCCUGGACGGGGUGUAACAUCGACGAAGGACCUUUAGCUACGAUGCCAUUGGAUAGUAUGUCGGAAGACAUAAUGAAGGAUCAGCGCGAGAGACUGCAGCAAGACGAAAAUCUACAAAGGAGCAUUAAGGAACGCUCUUCCUUACCGGUGUUUGCGAAGAAGAAAGAGAUCAUGACUGCGAUUAACGACAACCCGGUUAUCAUAAUCAGAGGCAACACGGGAUGCGGUAAAACGACCCAGGUCUGCCAAUUCAUUUUGGAUGACUACAUAUCGUCAGGCCAAGGAGCGUACUGCAGCAUCGCGGUGACACAACCUCGUAGAAUCUCUGCAGUGUCAGUAUCGGAUCGUGUCGCCUCGGAGAGAUGUGAAAAUCUGGGCCAAUCGGUUGGUUACUCCGUGCGAUUCGAAUCUUGUCUGCCAAGGCCUUAUUGCGGUAUAAUGUUCUGCACAGUCGGUGUGUUAUUGAGAAAGCUCGAAGGAGGCCUUCGAGGUGUUUCACAUGUGAUCGUGGAUGAAAUUCACGAACGUGACGUUAACUCCGACUUUGUGAUGGUGCUGUUGAGGGACAUGGUCCACAUGUAUCCAGACUUGAGAGUCAUACUCAUGUCUGCCACGAUCGAUACCACUUUGUUCAGUGAGUACUUCAACAAUUGCCCCGUCAUCGAGAUCCCUGGUAGGGCAUUCCCGGUGCAGCAGUAUUUCCUUGAAGACUGCAUACAACUGACAGCGUUCGUCCCUCCGAUGGAUACAAAAAAAAGGAAGAACAAAGACUCGGAUGAUCUACCUGGAGAUGCGGAGCCUGAAGAAAAUCUUAACAAGACCAUCGGUCCUGACUACAGUCUCGCGACAAAGAACUCCAUGGCCCAGAUGUCAGAGAAGGAGAUCAGCUUCGAAUUGAUCGAAGCUUUGCUUAGAUACAUCAAGGAGCAGAACAUCCCAGGGGCGGUGCUAGUCUUUUUGCCAGGAUGGAAUCUCAUAUUUGCCCUGAUGAAGCACCUCCAACAGCAUCCUACAUUCGGUGGUGUCGGCUACACGAUAAUUCCGCUGCACUCCCAGUUACCCAGAGAGGAUCAACGCAGAGUCUUCGACCCCGUUCCCCCGGGGGUCACGAAGAUCAUUUUAGCGACGAACAUCGCCGAGACCUCGAUCACCAUCAACGACGUGGUAUAUGUCAUCGACUCGUGCAAGGCAAAGAUGAAGCUGUUUACGUCGCAUAACAACAUGACGAAUUACGCCACCGUCUGGGCGAGCAAAACCAAUUUGGAACAGCGAAAAGGACGCGCUGGUCGCGUGAGACCCGGAUUUUGCUUCCACCUGUGCUCGAGGACACGAUUUCAGAAGAUGGACGAGCACAUGACUCCAGAGAUGUUCCGGACUCCGCUGCAUGAGCUGGCUUUGAGUAUCAAGCUCCUUCGACUGGGCAGCAUCGGUCAGUUUCUGUCGAAGGCCAUCGAGCCUCCACCCAUCGAUGCUGUCAUCGAGGCUGAAGUUGUAUUAAGAGAAAUGAAGUGUCUGGAUAAGAACGACGAGUUGACUCCGCUGGGGAAGAUCUUGGCUCGUCUGCCGAUAGAGCCCCGUUUGGGUAAAAUGAUGAUAUUGGGUUGCAUGUUUCGAGUGGGCGAUGCCCUCUCAACAAUGGCGGCGAAUAGUACUACAUUCCCUGAGGUUUAUAACAUGGGCCCCGACGUUAGGAGGUUGUCUGCCCAGCAGAAGGCGUUCGCUGGGGCGAGAUACAGCGACCACGUUGCCAUGUUGCACGCCUUCCAUGCCUGGGAAGAGGCGAGGUCGGGGGGAGAAUACGCCGAAGAGGCGUUUUGCGAAUCGAAGAACUUGAGUCUGCCCACUCUGAGGGUCACCUGGGAGGCCAAGAAUCAACUGCAAGCUCUUCUGCAGAGCGCCGGGCUUCCCGAAGAGACCCUAUGCCCAACUCCCCUGAACUAUCAAGCAGGUGCCGACGUUCGCUUGGAUACCAUCACUGCACUUCUCUGCAUGGGCCUUUAUCCAAACGUCUGUUAUCACAAAGAAAAGCGGAAGGUCCUUACAACGGAGUCCAAGGCCGCGUUGAUCCACAAGACCUCCGUGAAUUGUAGCAACUACGAGCAGAACUUCCCAUUCCCGUUCUUCGUCUUCGGGGAGAAAAUACGCACCAGAGCCGUGUCGUGCAAACAGCUAACCAUGGUGUCCCCGAUUCACCUGCUGCUCUUCGGGUCUCGAAAAGUCGAGUAUAUCGACGGUUGCGUUAGAUUGGACAACUGGAUCAAUUUGGAAAUGAAUCCGGAACACGCAGCUGCGGUAGUAGCUCUCAGACCAGCCCUGGAGGGUCUCGUGAUAAGAGCCGCGAAGGAACCGGAGACCAUCUUGGAACUCACCCCGUUGGAGGAAAAGCUCCUGGGUACGAUUAAAACUUUAUGCGGCAUGAACACCUGCCGUUUCGGAAUGGACCCGAUCACUGGGGGGGGUUUCCAGUCUCGAAGACCACCCAGAGGACACGCUACCGGUUUCGGGGGUAACGGAGGACCUCCGACGAAGAUCAUGCGAGGAGAAGGUGGCUUCAGAGGGGCGAGAGGAAGCGGUUAUGGGAACGGUAAUUUCGGGGGAGGCUUCGGACGUGGCGGUGGAAAUUUUAAUCGAGGUGGAGGUUUUGGUAGAGGGUUUGGCCGAGGUGGCGGAGGAGGAUUCGGUCGUGGAGGCUGGAACAGUGGAGGAGGGUACGGAAGGUUCUGAAGCGUACGUCAUUCGAGUACGUUCCUAAAGUGUCUCAUCCUCUUAUCCACUACGUUCGAUUCGUUUCUUUUUUAAUCCUGGCAGAGUCGAGAACUCGGUACCUCGCUUCGAUGUCUGUACAAAUAAGCCAAGCGUCGCGUGCACCGGGAAAAGAAAUACGUAGAUUUCACAGUUUUUAUUUGAUCUUCAUGGCACCAGUUUGUAAAUCAGAUAUUUUCGGUAUUUUCCUGCGAAGCGAUACGACAAAAAAAAACAAAGGAUCUGUCCCUCGUCGCUCGCGAGUUUCAGCGAGUCCGACGCUUUUCUCGGGUCGAGCGAUGACGUCUGGGUUCCGUUAAUAAAACUCCAAUGCGAGUGUAAUCGUAAAAUGGAAAAAGAACUUAAGAGCCAGCUACACCGUACAUCAUAAAAUGGCGAUGGCACGUCGCGGUAGCUAAAACGGUAAUACUUGUUCGCGAAACAUCAAGGUGGACUCUUUCUUCUUCGCGUGUAUAUAUUUCAUCCUAAAUCGGUUUCGCGAUUUACAAGCGCAAUUACAUAUACAUAUAUACGCCCCGUCCCGCGUCGACCGUGGGCGAUUAAAUGUAAAAUCCAGUCGGAACUUUGAGUAGAAAAAAUCGAUCGAAUCCGCGGGGAAUAAAUAGAUGUACCCUCGA